AUGGCCGACGAGGAACAUGGCAUCCCGCGCCCAGCGCAAACAUACCAGACUCCCGACUGGGAGACUCCCACGGCCAACAAGCGUCGCUCAUUCUUUGAUCGCUUCGCUCCAGCGACAGCUAGCCACCAGCGCAACGAUGGCACCACCACAGCCGCAACUGACUACGAAUUCGCAAAAGAGGACACCGCCCAACUCUCGGAUAAUCAAACCCAUACAGCAGCACCAGUUGCCGGCGCAGCGGCUGGCGCAGCGGCCGCUACGGCAACGACUGCGCCAAAGACCCGUCCCUCCCUGGCAGCCCGUUUUGACGCUCUACUCCCGCCGCAAAGGACCUACUUUGGCCUCUCCCGAAAGCGUUUCCUCCUCUUCGUCGUCUUGCCGCUGGCAGUCCUAUUCCUGCUCAUCCUCCCCCUCGCCCUCGGCCUGGGUCUCUCCAAACGGGGCGGUGGAAAGCAAGACCUGCCCCUUCCGACCAACCAAGAGGUUCACACCGGUGACCUCACAUACUACGACCCCGGUCUGGGCGCCUGCGGAAAGACGAGCAGCGACAGCGACAUGAUCGUUGCGGUCUCACAUUACGUGUGGGACGAUGUACAGAGCGGCGGCAAUCCAAACAGCAACCCUCUCUGCGGCAAGAAAAUUCGUGUGAGGCGCGACGGCGAGGGUUCGGUGGAUGUCACUGUUGUAGAUCGCUGUACCGGCUGCGAGCCGACCGACCUUGAUUUGAGUCCCGCCGUGUUCAAUCGAUUGGCCAAUAAAGACGAGGGCAGAGUCACGGGCACAUGGAGUUGGCUGGACUAA